AUGUCUUUUAAACGAGAUGGAGACGAUUUAAGUCUCCUCAACAAGCUAAAGCACCAGCGAGUCUCAGAGCUGUUGGGCAACUAUAUACCAGAAGAUGAGGCAAAGCUUUUAAGCAAUGGGAGAUUCACAUGUUUGAUUUGUCUCCAUCGACCUAUAUUUGAUACCGUGGCUAUGUUAGGAAAACACAGAAAGGGAAAAAAACAUCUUUUAGAACUUAGUAGGUAUAUAAAACACAAACAAGAAUUAGAGUAUGAAGCAUUGAAAAAACAGCAGCUAGAUACUGUAAAAGCUCUAGGAGCUGAAAUGUCAAUUCAAUCAAUAAUAUGCUCUCGAACACUUGGCGGAAGGGAUCAUCACAUUGAAUACGGUCGUCGUAAAACUUUAGACCUUCCUAUAUUCAAACAUAAAAAGCCUGGACUCCUAUUAACAGCUCCAGAAUCUUCUCCUGUACAAUCAAGUGCUUCACAAGUACGUAGGUAUCUGAAGACAUUACACAGGAAAAGAUCCCUGGAAAGUAUUGUGGAAAAGAAAAGAGAUAAUUAUGGACAGUUAUCAAGAACUGAACAGAACACAUCUGUUAGUGAAAUUAAGGAAGUCACUGUUAAUCUAGAGCCUUUAAAAGAAAAUGUAAAUAAGCGUUCAAAAUCUUUGCCAUCAAAUACCGAGUUAUCAUUAAAUCUGUCAGGAUGGAUUAAGGACAAGGAUGGAAAUUGGGUAAAAGAUGUGAAUGCGGAAUUCGAUUCAGAUGAGGAAUUGCCUCCAGAUCUGAAGACAUAA